GCUGACCUGCGAAAUCUUCAACCCCCUAGGGACAGGAGGCUGUGAGGUGACUAGGAUGGCCUGGUGGAAAGCCUGGGUCGAGCAGGAGGGCAUCUCGGUGAAGGGCAGCCCGCAUUUCAACCCGGAGCCCGACGCGGAGACCCUCUACAAAGCCAUGAAGGGAAUUGGGACCAACGAGCAGGCCCUCAUCGACGUGCUCACCAAGAGGAGCAGCCUGCAGCGGCAGCAGAUCGCUAAGGCCUUCAAAGCCCAGUUCGGCAAGGAUCUCACUGAGACCUUGAAGUCGGAACUUAGUGGCAAUUUCGAGAAGGUCAUGGUGGCCCUCAUGUACCCACCAUACCGAUACGAGGCCAAGGAGCUGCACGAUGCCAUGAAGGGUAUAGGAACCAAGGAGGGAGUCAUCAUCGAAAUCCUGGCUUCUCGGACCAAGAGCCAGCUGCAGGAGAUAAUGAAGGCGUACGAGGAAGACUACGGAUCCAGCCUGGAGGAAGACAUCCGAGCGGAUACCAGCGGCUACCUGGAGAGGGUCCUGGUGUGCCUGCUUCAGGGCAGCAGAGAUGAUGUGAGCAGAGUUGUGGACCCCGCACUGGCCCUCCAAGAUGCACAGGACCUGUAUGCCGCGGGCGAGAAGAUUCAAGGGACCGACGAGAUGAAAUUCAUCACCAUUCUGUGCACACGCAGCGCCACUCACCUGCUGAGAGUGUUCGAGGAAUACGAGAAAAUAGCCGGCAAGAGCAUUGAGGACAGCAUCAAGAGCGAGACCCACGGCUCGCUGGAGCAGGCCAUGCUCACAGUGGUGAAAUGCACCCGGAACCUCCACAGCUACUUCGCGGAACGUCUUUACCGCGCCAUGAAGGGGCUGGGGACGCAUGACAGGACCCUGAUAAGAAUCAUCGUUUCAAGGAGUGAGAUCGACUUAAAUCUUAUCAAGUGUCAGUUCCAGAAGAUGUACGGCAAGACCCUCAGCAGCAUGAUCACGGGAGACACCAGUGGUGACUACAAGAACGCCCUGCUGAACCUGGUGGGCCGGGAGUCCUGAAGUCUCAGGGGGACGUGGACACAGGCCGAGACGCCAGCGCCCCCGGACCCUGCUCCCUCCGCCUCAGCCACGGGAUGGGGGGCCCGCAGACCCUUUAGUCUCCCAGCCCCCCGUCCAGUGCUUUGCAACCAGCUUUCCUAAUCGGGCCGGGGCUCCUCCUCCCAUCGUCCCCCAGGUGUGAGCACAUGACCCACCUUAGCAUCCCCCUGGCCCAACAGGUUCCUCGGCAGGAAGAGGUCUGCAGGGUCUGUGGGCGUUUCUAACCCCCUUACCCAGGAGCGUCUCACCAUGACAGGUCCCAGAGCCCCUGAGCACAGGUUGCACAGAGAACCAGCCCCUCCCCCGUCUAGGAAUCGGGAUCUGCAGAGAAGGAGCCAGGCAAUGUGGGAUUGAAUGAGCAUCUCAACUGACCUACUUCUCUCUCAGGCAGCCGUGGGGAGGCUGAGCGCCUGUCUGUUUCCGAGCAGACACUGUGGGUAGCUGAGAAAGCACCACACAACCUGAGCCAACUGGGUGUCAGUAAUGUCCACUCCCCGGCCUCCUCGAAAACACUAGGGUUAGGGUACAAGAAAAAUUCCCUCGUCGCCCUGCUAACAGUGAGCGCUGCAAAUCACGGUUCCGACCCGAGGACACUGUUCCAGGAGACAUUAGCUGCUCUCUCCGGAGGACACGAACACGGAGCACCUGUCACCCCACCGAAGGCGGCAGGAGCUGGUUCCUGGGAGCAUCUGAGAUGCCUGUGUUGAACGUUCCAGAAAAUAAAGAU